CACACAAUGAUAGUACAUUUAGUAAUCAAGUGUUGAACAAAAUGACUGACGGUAAAAGUUACCCAGGAUUUACUGGCGAGCGAUUCCCUGAAAAGUUCGAUAUUAGGGCUAUGCCGGAGCAGCCAAACGAUCUUAAACCAGGCCAGCUCCCAGAGGAUGAAAUCAGGAAGUUUUUCACUAAGGGAUACGUUGUAGUGAAUGAUUUCUUUAAACCCUCUGAGCUGGAGCCGGUAAAGGAUGCAAUUAAUCAGUAUGUCGAUGUUCUUGCAAACAAACUCUAUGAAGCGGGCAAAAUUAAAGAUCCAUACAGCGAUCAUGGAUAUCUAGACAGACUUUGUAAACUGGAAGAAGAAUUCCCUGGAGCAAACAUUCUCUGUUUUAAGCAGAUGGGAAGUGUCCCGCAAGCAUUGAAAGAUUUAUGGUCAAACGAGCGGCUGUUGAAUGUUGUCGAACAAUUAAUUGGCCCUGACAUCGCUGGAAAUCCUGUCUGGAAUCUCAGAACAAAAACUCCGAAAAAUGAGGCUACAACAGUACCCUGGCAUCAAGAUUGCUCAUACACGGAUAAUAGCUCAUAUAACGUGUUGAUUCCUACAGCCUGGAUUCCGUUCUUGGAUACUGAUGAAAAUAAUGGCUGCUUACAGAUUAUAGAAAAUGGGCACCAGCCUGGUUUGGUUGCAAGGCACCAGUGUUGUUGGGGAGGCACGUGGUACACAAUGCUGGAAGAGGAGGAAAUGGUGAAUACUCUAGGGAUAGAUGUCAAGAAGCAAUUAAAAACUUUGCCAAUAAAGUAUGGCAGUAUGGUGCUCUUUAACAAUGUGAUUCCUCAUCGAAGUCUUGACAAUCUGUCCGAUCACGUACGUUGGAGUGUUGACUUAAGGUGGCAGCGUCCCUCGGAUCCUGCAUGUUUCUAUGGCCUAAAAGAUGCUGUUGUGAUGAGGUCUUCCAAAGACCCUAAUCUAAAAAUAGACUGGGAAAGUUUUGAUUCUAUCAACAGACACGAGGCCCAGGACAAAAUGUUGAAGGAUGACUCAACGGUACAAUCCAUACCUCAAGAAGACCCAGACUUUGAUAUCCGAAUCCUUGGUCCUUGGAUGAAGAAAUGGGAAUUAGUUCACACGAACAGACACACGGAGGAAUUUGUAAGAUCCGAAAAAGCUCAGUAGCAACGAAUGCAUUUCGAGUUGUACUAGACAAUUAUUACUUUCGACUGAAAGAUGAAACCGAUUUGGUCAAAUUACAUACAAUGUAUACACUGACAAAAAGUUAUAUUAACUCAAUACAAGCCUCCUGUUGUUUUCUAAUAAUGGCUAAAUUACUGGAGUCAUUUGCAUAAGCUUACAUUUAUUAAAUGACUGUACCAGUG